AUUACUCCAAAGUGACCUCCUUUAUGUUUUGGAACAACAACCUAACCUAACUUUCGUCUGCCCUUGAAAAAUCUUUCACAAAUUCAAAACAAAAAUAAAUUUUAAAAUGUUAGCUAAUAAAAGGCUUCUCAGAGAGACCAGUUCGUUGGAGGAUAGACUGAGAAUCGAGCAAUUCCUAAAAGUGGCAAACUACGAGGAAACCGUUCGUCAACUUGAUAUUUACUAUGGAAUGGUUAAACGGCAGCUAUUACGAUUUCAAAGUCCCAUAACUGGAUUGUUUCCUGUACACUCGACGGAUACGGAAGUUGGUAGUGUCCGAGAAAGCGUUUAUUGUGCUGCGGCCGUAUGGGGAUUGUAUCAAGCCUACCGGCGAAUCGAUGAUGAUCGAGGGAAAUCCUACGAACUAGGCCAAUCCGCCGUAAAAUGUAUGCGCGGUAUAUUGCAGUGUUGGAUAAAACAAGCGGCCAGAAUCGAACUAUUUAAAUUGAAGCAAUGCGACGCUCAUUCGUUACACGUUAAAUUCCACCUAACCAAAGGAGAAGAAGUGUACACCGAUGAUGAAUACCCCCAUUUACAAAUUGACGCAAUUUCCGUUUACUUAAUAUUCUUGGUUCAGAUGAUAACGUCCGGCUUACAGAUUAUUUACACGCAGGACGAGGUUGCCUUCGUACAAAAUUUGGUUUAUUACGUGGAACGCGCAUACCGUACCCCCGAUUAUGGAAUAUGGGAAAGGGGUAGUAAGUACAAUAACGGAAUGACCGAAAUUCAUGCGAGCUCGAUCGGUAUGGCGAAGUCCGCUUUAGAAGCGAUCAAUGGCUGUAACUUAUUUGGCGAGAAAGGAGCUUCUUGGAGUGUGGUGUACGUUGAUAUCGACGCUCACAAUCGAAAUCGAAGUAUAUUCGAAACUAUGUUACCAAGAGAGUCAUCUUCAAAGGAAGUGGACGCUGCUCUACUACCAACCAUUUCCUUUCCGGCUUUUGCUUCACAUGAAGAAUCUCUUUACGGGCGAACAAAGAAUAAUAUUAUACGAAAGUUGAAGGGUGAUUAUGGCUUCAAAAGGUAUAAUAGAGAUGGAUUUAAGACAGCUAUUGAAGACCCCAACAGAAGAUAUUACAAGGUUGGCGAAAUAAAAAACUUCGAAAAUAUCGAGUGCGAAUGGCCACUCUUUUAUAUAUUUAUGAUAAUCGAUGGCGUUUUCAAAUCUCUACCCGAACAAAUAGAAGAAUAUCAAGACUUGCUCAAGGCGCGAAUGCUCGUCGACCAGUACGGAGAUCCCAUCAUUCCAAUGUAUUACUACGUGCCGGAAGAUUACAUAGAGCAGGAACGACUGGAACCGCAUUCGACAUCCCGCAGACCCGCACCAGAUUCCGGCUUGUACCUGUGGAAUCAGGCGCUGUUCGUAUUGGCGCAGCUUCUAACGGCGAAUUUAUUGCACAUUAACGAAUUAGAUCCGAUCCGUCGUUAUUUACCGUCGUAUAAUAGGCCUCGAAAGGGUGGGAGAUAUUCCGCAUUUCAGGCAAAACCAUCAGUUGGAACUGCAACGGAUUUGGUAGUACAAAUUGUUUUAAUAGCGGAAUCGAUGCGUCUUCAAGCAAUGAUGGCCACUUACGGAAUACAAACGCAAACGCCUCACGAGGUUGAGCCUGUACAGAUUUGGUCCUCGACUCAACUAGUGGAAGCGUAUCAACACUUGGGUGUGAAUCACAAAAUUAACUUGAACGGCCGGCCGGUUAGACCAAUCGGAAGUCUAGGUACCAGUAAGGUGUACAGAGUAUGUGGAAUGACCGUUCUGUGCUACCCUCUGAUAUUUGAAGUGUCCGAUUUCUAUCUAUAUCGUGACAUGGCGCUUCUAAUCGACGAUAUAAAAACUGAAUUGCAGUUUGUUGGUCGUUACUGGAGACUGUCAGGACGGCCAACUGUCUGUCUCCUAAUACGAGAGGAGCACAUGCGAGAUCCGCAGUUUAAAAAAAUGUUGGAUUUAUUAGCAAUGCUUAAGAAGGGCUAUUGUGACGGUGUCAAGGUGCGAAUUGGUAGAUUGCAAAAUUUAAUAUCAAGUUCUUGCGUUGAACAUUUGGAUUUUAUGAGCGUUUUGGAUAUGCCGUAUCAGAAGUUUGCUCAGUUUCAGCAGCUGGAACAUGAUUACAUUGGUUACCAGAGCUUGACUGAUGUACCUAGGAUCAUUGACAACCAAGGAGAAUUAAAGAAUUAUGCAUCAUUCCAACAUAAAUCAACAAAUGAUAUUAUCGAAGAAAUACUGCACAACGACAAUAUUUACGCUCAGUGCCAAUUGUACGGGUUCAUCCUGCAACGAGAAGGGGAACAUUUUGAAAUUAGACAUGUAACAGUUAUGGCGCACCUCCAACAAAUUUAUAACAGAGCGGGUGGUAUGAGACAUUGGGCGGCCGUGCGGUACACAAGCAGUUUAUUACACCAUACCGUAGAUUCUAUCAGUCCUUUUAUUACCGCCGUUCUUGUACACGGUAAACAGUUGACGGUUGGUGUGAUCGAUCAGAAAGAGACGGUCUUCGAUAAACCGAUGACUCCAACGGAAAUACAGCGGGUCAUAUAUGAUACCAUACAACCUUACGAUGUAAUUCAGGCAGUUCUGCAGCAAGAAGUUAUAUUGUAUUGUGGCCGGCUGAUUUCUACCGAUCCGGAGAUGUUCAGGGGCAUUUUCAAAAUUCGAGUCGGUUGGGUGCUGCAGGCGCUUAGGUUAUAUCUCAAGUUCAGUGGAAACGCCAAACUGAUCGAAGACCAUAGUCCAUAUGAAGUUAGGCAACUAAUCAAUAAAGUUUUAUCUGUUAAGGACUGGGCAGAUAAGGAAAAACUGACUCCCUUGCACAAGCGCACAAUUGAAGGCUGUCUAUGUCGUGUUCCAAGUUCGUUUUACAACCAAGUUUGGGACGUCAUGAUUCGCACACCUCAAGGAAUAAAGGUUAUGGGAAAUAUUAUUCCACAACAACCGACGAUGUCUAACAUGGCCAGAUCGGAAAUCACCUUCGCCCUAUUAGUAGAACAGAUGUUGAAUCAAAUACAAAUGCCCGAAUACCGCCAAUUAGUUGUAGAGUUACUAUCGAUUGUCUCUACUAUUUUAACUCGAAAUCCUGAACUUAGUUUUAACCAACCGCUCGAUUUGGAACAGUUAAUUAAAGACUCAGCGCAUAUGUUUGCAAAGGAUAAUAAGCUUCAAGACAUUCGAGUCUCCUACUUGUUUGAAACGUCAAACGUACAAUGCAUGGGAUACUUGGCCAGAGCAGUUGUUAAUAAUUUAUUGAGGGAUGGCCAGUUGACUAGAGAUAUUGGAUGUGAAUCGGAAUUUUGCAAUAUAUCGUAGUUACUUAAUAUAGUUAAAUUUUUUGUUACUCUAUAUGUAAAUAUUACCUAAUGUAAAUGUUGGUAAUGGUGACGAAGCAAUUUUUGUUAGAAAUAAUACUAUAAACUGUGCCAUAUUUUUGUUAGACGCGUAAUUGUUUUGCUUUAUCUAGAGAAAUUAUAAUUCCUUUUUUAAGUUAUAAUUAUGGAAAAUGUAUGACUUAGUACUUACAAAGUUUAGUGUUCAGGGACUCUCUGGGGUGCGCGAAACAUUGUUGCAGCUGGUGAUAAUUGUAGUGAGGGGCAUUGUAUAUCUUGGCCAUUCAAAAUAAUAAAAAAGCUGAUCUCAUGCA